AUGGCCGACGCCGCGGGCGCCAUCGCUUGCGGCCUCGACGGCCUGUGGCAGCACAUCGCUGGCUUCUUCGCCCACAUCUUCGCGGCCAUCGCCAGCUCCACCCAAAUGUUGGUCCUGCCGCCAGAGACGCUCUGGCAGUGGCUCGAUACCAGCAUGACCGACGCCGCGGGCGCCGUCAGCUCCGGCGUCGACGGCCUGUGGCAGCUCGUCGCGGGCUUCCUCCCCGGAGCCUGGGCCGCCGUGGCGAGCGCAGCCCACCAGAUCCCGCAGAAGGUGGCGGAUCUGUGGCGGUGGCUACAGGCCGCGGCCCCCGUCGCGCUCCCGUACGUGCUCGGCGUCGUAGCUGCGGUCGUGCUCGUCGCGGCGCUCGUCUGGUUCUGCUGGCCGACCCUCUUGGGAGCUAGCGUGGGGGUCGGUCAGGCACUCGUGACCGCCGCCUGCCACUUCGUGCUGGGGCUGUUGUACGUUGGCGGCGCCGUUCGGUCGGUGUUCGUCUUCCCCUGCCUCCCUGCACGCAGUGCCUGGCCGUGGUCACCAUGA